AUGUUGUGUGUUGGUCGUCGGGACUUGGAUAGAAUCUACUCUGUGAUUUUGUUGGGGAUCGUGCGCAGUGGCUCCUGGAGGAAAGAGCUGCAAAAGCCUGAAAAUAACUCUUCAAAUUUUGUUGGGGAUCGUGGUUUUGUCUUGGGGAUACGUGAUCUACGCCGGCCGAGUGGCAGCGCAGUGGCUCCUGGAGGAAAGAGCUGCAAAAGCCUGAAAAUAACUCUUCAAAAACACAAACUACAAGCUAAGAUUAUUUCCAAAUGGACAGAAUGA